AUGUCUUUAGUAGGUAAGAGCUUUAAACUUUCUAAUGGGAACCUUAUUCCUGCAGUAGGCUAUGGUACUGGUACCAAAUGGUUUAAGUUAGGCAGAGACGAGAUUGAUACCACAUUAGUUGAUAUUUUAGUUACCGCACUUGAAGUGGGGGUUACCCACAUUGAUGGUGCAGAAGUGUACAAUACCGCACUUGAGAUCGGUGAGGCUUUACAGAAGGCCGGUAAGCCAAGAAAGGACAUUUUCCUUACUGAUAAGUACUUUGCUGGGGAUGGUUCGUUCACCAGACAUUCUCCUUUCCCCAACCCAUACGAGUCCUUAAAGGAGUCGUUGAAGAGAUUCCAGGUGGACUAUGUAGACUUAUACUUGCUUCAUGCCCCAUUUAUUAAGAAGGAAACCCACGGCUUCACAUUAGAGGAAGCUUGGGGCUAUUUGGAAAAGUUAGUUGAUGAAGGGCUUGUAAAGAGUAUUGGUAUCUCUAAUUUUGCAAUUGAAGACUUGGAAAAGAUUUUAAAGGUUGCUAAGAUCAAGCCAACCGUCCAUCAAAUUGAAUACAAUGCCAACUUACAAAACCAAACUCCUGGAAUUGUCAAAUAUUCCCAAGAAAAUGGUAUUCUAGUUGAAUCUUAUAGUCCAUUGGGCCCAAUUAUUAAGGGUGCUUCUGAUAGUAAACUCAAUUCAUACCUUGCAGAGUUAACCAAGAAGUACACAGGAAAGGAUGCUGGACAAAUCUUAUUAAGAUGGGUAUUACAGAACGGUGUUUUGCCAAUCACUACUUCUGGUAAGAAGGAGAGAAUUGUUGGACUGUUGGAUAUUUUCGAUUUCCAAUUGACAGAUGAAGAACAAGAAAAGAUUGCAAGCAUUGGAAAGGAAACAACCAUUAGACAAUACUGGACUAAGGAAUACAGCAAAUUCGAUUAA